AUGAAGCAUGGAUAAGAAAUCGAAAAAUUAUUCGAAAGUUUUACUAUACAAGCAAAGAAUUCUGUCGAAAAACCAAUUGUGGGAGAAGAAUAAAAAAUAAUUGAGCAAAAAGAAUUGUUGUAGACACCAUAACCAAAAGUUUAUUCGCCUUCAAUUUAAACUACAAAAAUCAAAGAGCCCAAAGAUGAAUAAGAGAAGGAUAGAAUUAACUGUAGUGCCACAAGAAGACUGACCUUUAACUUGGACUGA